UUCCUUUGCUCUUCAGCCACUGCCUGCCUGAUAUUGUGCAAAGAUCCUGGACUCCGGACACAUGGAUUUUGCAGAGAAAGAGAACGUGCAGCUGCAGGAUAGGAAUGAGAGGCUGUACGGGCUCAGAGACCUGCAGGAGAGGAUGGAGAAGCUGGCUGGCUCCAAAACAGAUUUGUCAGCCAGAGUGGUCUUCAGUGAAGAGGAAAAACUGAAGAUUUCCAAAGACCUCGUUGAUCUGCAGAUCGAGACAAACAAAAUGAAGGAGCAGUAUGAGACGGAGAACUUUGAACUGAAAAAUAUGGUCCUGGCCCUGGAGAACCGUGUGCUGGAGCUGGAGCUCUGCAGUGAGAAAGUCACUGGGGAGCGGGAUGCCUUACGGGAACGCCUGCAUGCUCUGGAGACCAAUCGGAAGGAGCUGGCGGAUGAGUACAUCAUUUUGAAAAGCAAUUACUUGGCCCGAGGCAAAGAACUGGAGCAGGAGGUCAUGAAGAAUGAAGAGCUCAGCCUAGAGCUGCUCAAUCUGGCCAAUGCCAGGAGCACCCUUCCCCGUACAGAGAGCGACCACUACCGCUCCCCCGCCAUGCUCCUUGGAGCAACGGGGAUCUAACAGGCACCUUCUUCUGUCUCUUACCAAAACCAGUCAGAAGAUGUAGUUGCCUCUGAACACGAGCAGCAAAAGCUGGAGAGAAAUUUGCUUGGAAACCAGGAUCACAUAAAAGUGGAGCUUGAAAAAAUGAAGAAAACCUAUGAUUCGCAGCAGCAGAAGCUGGAAGAGAGAGUGAUCGCGAUGGGGAAGGAGCUGCAGGAGGCGAAGGGAGCGAUUGGGGACACCCAGCACAAGCUGGCGGAGCAGUCAGCGGUGCUGCUCACCUCCCAGAGCCAGCUCCAAGAGGUGGAGGCGGAGAACUCCCGGCUGCAGCUCCGGCUGAAGGAGCUGAACGAGGAAUAUCGCUCCCGGCUCACACAGUACAUCAAGGACGUGGCGGACUAUAUGGACAGCAAAUCCAGCAAUGUAACGGGGUCUAGCAAAGCCCCAGCUGAUCACGCUCACAUGAAACACUUUGUGGACAGCAUGCUGAAGGAUAUCAGGGCUUCCUACAAGUCUCGGGAAGAGCAGCUAGCUGGAGCGGCACGUGGCUACAAGAAACGCAUGAAGAACUUGGUCAAGAAGCAUGAGAACCUGCUGAUUGCUUAUGGGCUCCAGCGAGAGCAGAUCCGGUCCUUGGGCAGCAGCGCUAGGGAUUGUGGCCCUGCCGAGCUCCACUUUUCCAUCACAGACUCGGAGCUGCUGACAAACACGACCCGGGAGCUAAACCGGCUGCGGGAGGAUAAAGCCAAACUGGAGAUGCAGCUAGAUGAAUUGCAGAAGGUGGUGACUGGGCUGCUGGAUUCCUGUGGUGGUGAAACGCAGCUGGAUGAGGAGGGCUGGGCAGAGGUCAGGAAGCAGCUCCGGGAGUUCGCACACACCACCCAGGAGGAUUUGGAGCAGGAGAGGAGCCAGCUGCUGACUCGGGCGAUCGUGGCAGAAGAGCAGGUGUCGGAGCUGCAGGAAUACAUAGAUAAGCAUCUUGCAAGGUACAAGCAGGAGAUCCUCCGGUUGAGGAAGCUCGCUGGCAGUGAGGUGCCACGUGUGCUCAGUGCUGGGGCGGCCGAUACUCACUCCCUGCCCAGAGCCAGAAGGACCGUCAGCCACCAACCGUAG